GAGGAGGGGGUUUGGGCCGGAAAAGGCCGUUGACUCUCGGUGGGAGGGAGGCGUCGACGAGCUGAGGUUGGACUUGUUGGAAUAAUCCUGAUACAUUUCUACAAUGGCCACUGCUCAGCUUUCUCACUCCAUCACAAUACACAAAGCAUCUAAGGAAACAGUUUUCCCAUCCCAAAUCACUAAUGAGCAUGAGUCCCUGAAAAUGGUGAAGAAACUUUUUGCUACUUCCAUCUCAUGUAUAACAUACCUAAGGGGCCUGUUUCCAGAGAGCUCUUAUGGAGAACGCCAUUUGGAUGACCUCAGUUUAAAAAUCCUCCGAGAAGAUAAAAAAUGUCCUGGGUCACUGCAUAUUAUCAGAUGGAUUCAAGGUUGUUUUGAUGCUUUGGAAAAGAGAUACCUACGUAUGGCAGUACUGACACUUUACACAAAUCCCAUGGGAUCUGAGAAAGUGACUGAGAUGUACCAGUUCAAAUUCAAAUACACGAAAGAAGGAGCCACUAUGGAUUUUGACAGUCACAGCAGCAGUACAAGCUUUGAAAGUGGAACAAACAAUGAAGAUAUUAAGAAAGCCAGUGUUCUACUGAUCCGUAAAUUGUAUAUACUGAUGCAGGACCUUGAGCCACUUCCUAAUAAUGUUGUACUUACUAUGAAACUCCACUACUAUAAUGCAGUGACCCCACAUGAUUACCAACCCCUCGGUUUUAAAGAAGAGGUAAAUUCACACUUCCUGCUGUUUGACAAGGAGCCUAUCAAUGUGCAAGUGGGAUUUGUCUCCACUGGCUUUCAUAGCAUGAAAGUAAAAGUCAUGACAGAGGCUACCAAAGUGACUGAUUUGGAGAACCAUCUGUUUCGGGAGAACAGCACUACUGAGCUCGCCCAUCAGGGUCUAGACUGUGAUGAGGAAGAAGAAUGCAAUGACCAUGUUGAACCUUUUAUUAUCCCCAGAUGCCCCUCAUUAGCUCCAGUUACAACCUCUGCCUUUUGAUUGGUUUGUUUAAUUCAUUCAUGUUUAAUGUUACUAUUGAUAUAUUUGGUUUAUGACAGUCAUUUUACUUUUUAUUUCUAUGUGUUUUAUGUCUUUUUAUUGUACCUCUAUUCCUCUUUGACUUGUUUUCCUUGCACUGAGUGAAUGAAGCAUUUUAAUCUUUUUUCACUAUUUUUUUGAAUUUCUUUAGUAGUUGCACUAGGGUUUAUCAUGCACAUCCUAACUUAUCAGAAUCAGUUUCAGGUUUAUACUAGCUUAAUUCCAGUGAGACAUGGCAAUGUUACCCUUAUGUAGUCUCUUUUCUCCCUUUUUGAUAUUAUUUUUAUGUGUAUUACAUCUAUUAAUGACACAAGAUCAACAAUUAUUGUUUAAUUGGUACAUUAUCAUCUGUAGCUAUUUCCGUGCCCAAACAGCUUUUCUCCUACUCACCUUCUUUGUGCUAUUAUUGGCAAAUAUACUACAUUUGUUUAAGUUUUAGGUCAAGCAUAUACCAUAUGCAUGUUAUUUUACACAACUUAUUAUAUAAAAUUUAGCUCAUUUAAGAGAAGAAAGGAGAAAAAUGUGCAUUCACAUUGCUUUUUAUAAUUGCAUUAUAAGAGCACCUUUACUGAUGCUCUUUGUUUUCUCAUGUCAGUUUGAAUUAUUGUAUGUGUUGUGAUAAUUUUCAGCCUGAAUAAUUUUCUUUAGUAAUUUCCUGUAAGAUGAAUCUGCUAGCAAAAAUCUCUCAGUUUUUGUUUAUCUGGGAGUGUUUUUAUCUUACCUUUGUUUUUUAAAGAUAGCUUUGCUGAAUAAAGAAUUCUUGGCUGACAGUUUUUUCUUUGAGCACUUUGAGUAUGUUGUCUCAAUACCUAACUGGCCUCCAUUGUUCCUGCUGAGAGGUCAGCUGUUUGCCUUAUUGAGGUUCCCUUGUUAGUAAUGAGUUAUUUUUUCUCUCGUUGUUUUCAAGAUUUUCUCCUUGUCUUUGGUUUUCAGCAUUUUUACUAUGAUACGUCUAUUUGUGGAUCUUUUUGCUACUCAGAAGUGCAUCCUUAGGUCACCCUGGGAUAAUGGUGGUUGAUAUGCCUUGGAUAUUUGUCCUGCCCAAUCCUCAUGUUGAAAUGUAACUGGAGGUGGGGCCUGGUGGGAGGUGUUUGGGUCAUGGGGGCGGAUCCCUCAUGGUUUUGUGCUGUCCUUGUAAUGGUGAGUUCUUGCAAGAUCUGGUUGUUUAAAAGUGUGUGGCACCUCUGUGCUCUCUCUUGCUCCCACUCUUGCCAUGUGAGACACCCCUGCUCCCC